AUGCACCAGCUCGCGUUCGUAUUGGAACACCAGGUCUACCUCGUACAGGCGAAGCUAUUUGCUGGAAUUCUUCUUCUGAUACCAUUCCAAUUGCAACAUCUCGUAAACAAAGCGACGAUGGGCGGGUGUCCGACCAUGGUCCAGCGCCGCAACAAGGUGGCGCUGCCUCCAGGCUACAGCCAAUUGCACUGGAUGCGCCUGUGUCAAUCUGGUCAAGACUUGUCCAGUCUCCGUGGCGGACCCCCUCGUCGCGCUAUCUCAAUGGAAGAAGUGAACCGCCACUGCACUGAAGAAGACUGCUGGAGUGUGCUAGACGGGAGAGUGUACAACAUGACGCCGUACCUUAAAUUCCACCCAGGGGGCAUCGCAGACCUGCUACUGGCUGCAGGUGGAGACUGCACGGACCUUUUCAACGAGAAACACCCGUGGGUCAAUGGCCACAGCAUGCUGGAAAAAUGCUACAUCGGUAAAUUAGACCCCGACUCAGUAGCAGCCAGUUCCAGCGCCGAAUCGUCCAGAUUCGCUCUGGAUAAAACCCGGUGGAGCAGCUUCACACUCGUUUUGAAGCAGAAAGUGGGUCUCCAGACGGUCAAAUUCACCUUCGAGUUACCUGGUACGAAACUACUGGGACUCGAGAUUGCGGGACAACAUCUUAAAGUCCGAGCCAAGAUAAAUGGCCACAUGAUCGAGAGAGCGUACACGCCCACGUCCAAGCUCUCGCAGUCGGCGUCCUUCGACCUGGUGGUUAAAAUCUAUCCGGACGGUCUCAUGAGCAGUUAUCUGGAUACAAUAGAGAUUGGAGGCACCGUGGAGAUGCUGGGACCCCAAGGGGUAGUGGGAUAUCCGGACGCGGGGGUGGUGACAGUGGGUGGUCAGCUGAAGAUGACGAAUGUCCGUCACGUUGUGAUGGUUGCUGCAGGCACAGGCAUCACUCCUAUGCUGCAGCUUGUCCGUGCUAUUAUGGAGAAUAAUAAGGAUACGACCAAGGUCACGCUGGUGGACUGUAAUCACUCGUUGAAGCAUAUUAUCGCACGCACGCAGCUGGAGCCGCUCGCCAACAUGUUCCCAGACCGCGUCAAGGUGUUUCAUGUGCUGCACGAGGCCAGCGAGGAUGAUAUCAGAGAAUUAGGAUCGUUCAAAACCGGCAAACGAUUGGACAAAACGAUACUCGCUGAGUUGCUACCAAAGGCUUCACCCGAGGUGGCAGCUUUCCACUGCGGCCCGCCAGCUUUUGAUGAGGCUGUUGGUGUUAUGCUGAAGAGCAUUGGCUUCCAGGAAGACCAGAUCUACGUGUUCUAG